CUCAUAUUCUAUUAAUAAAACCCAUAGAACUUGUUUCCUUAACUCCCAUAAGACCAUAAUUGAAUUACGCUUACAAGUUACGAGUAGUCAAAUAACGUACAUUAUUAAAAAAAUAAAAAAUAAAAAAUAAAAAACCAUUAUAAUAUUCCGUUUUGAGUAAGACACAACGACGCGGUGUAUCAAUGGACAAAAGGGAGGGAGGGGAGGCCAUAACUAGGGUAACCAUACACAAAGACAUGGUAGUCUUGCCGCCAUCAACUUACCAAAUAGAGAGAACAAAACUAGUAGAAAAAAAAAGUAAACAAGUCAACUCAUUCAUUCAUUCUUCAUUCAUUCCCACUUGCCACUUUGCUAGUAGCUGAAGCCUCCCCCAAUUCACUCUUUCCCCUUCUUCUUUUUUCCACUCUCUCUCUCUCUUCCACAUUUUUUCCCACUCACAAUUUCCAAUCUAAAAAUCAAAAAAUCCCCAGAAUCUCUACUUUACCUGUAUUUCCCAAACUCUGUUUCUUCUAAAGCUAAAUUAAAAUUCCUUUUCAUCUUUUUUGCUUUUUUCUCACCAUUCUUUUCUUUCUUUUUUUUUUUUUUUUUUUUUUUUGUGAUGUUCUUUGCUACUCUUCUUUCAAUUCAUUCUCCAUCUCUAAUUUAUUUUCUCUCUCUUUCUGUUUUCCCACCUAUUUGAUUUUAUGGACUCUGCUGUUCUUGAUAGCAUUAUUACCAGAUUGCUUGAUGUUAAGGGUAAACCUGGUAAACAGGUUCAGAUUUCUGAGUCUGAGAUCCGUCAACUUUGCUUAUUUUCUAGGGAAAUCUUUUUGAAACAGCCUAAUCUUUUGGAAAUUGAAGCUCCUGUUAAGAUUUGUGGAGACAUUCAUGGGCAGUAUUCUGAUCUCCUGAGGCUGUUUGAAUAUGGUGGAUUACCUCCAAAAUCCAAUUACUUGUUCCUGGGUGAUUAUGUUGAUCGCGGGAAGCAGAGUUUGGAAACAAUAUGUCUUCUCCUUGCUUAUAAGAUAAAAUAUCCUGAGAAUUUUUUUCUUUUGAGGGGCAACCAUGAAUGUGCCUCUGUAAAUCGUAUAUAUGGAUUUUAUGAUGAGUGUAAACGAAGGUUUAAUGUCAGACUCUGGAAAGUCUUUACAGAUGCCUUUAACUGCCUACCCGUGGCAGCUCUUAUUGAUGAAAGGAUAUUGUGCAUGCAUGGGGGGAUUUCCCCUGACUUGCAUAAUUUGGACCAAAUACGUAAUCUACUCCGUCCAACUGAUGUUCCAGAAAGUGGUUUGUUGUGUGAUCUCCUUUGGUCUGACCCUUGUAAUGAUAUCCAGGGCUGGGGAAUGAAUGAUAGAGGGGUCUCCUAUACUUUCGGUCCUGAUAAAGUAACUGAGACUCUUAAAAAGCUGGACCUUGAUCUAAUCUGUCGUGCACACCAGGUUGUUGAGGAUGGAUACGAGUUCUUUGCUAAUAGGCAACUUGUUACUAUAUUUUCAGCACCUAAUUACUGUGGUGAGUUUGACAAUGCUGGAGCGAUGAUGAGUGUAGACGAAACUUUAAUGUGUUCUUUCCAAAUACUAAAGCCUGCAGAAAAGAGGCCAAAAUUUGGCUUUGGCGGCAGCACUACCACUGUCAAGACAGGGACUCCUGCUAAGGUGAAGCAGUCUUUCUUUGGAGGAAGAGUAUAAAAGAAAUGAGCAUCUUUGACGAAGUCACUUAUAGAAAGUUUCCAUUCAUGGGAAGAGCAUAAAAUAAUCAACGCGUUUACUGACAAUUAUAGAAGUUCAGCAACAGGCCCCUCGACGCCUUACCAUGUCUAAGUAUAACUGAGCGCCUGCAACGAGUCAGCUGUUUGAAGACAGUGACCCUCAUAUCAUUUGCUAAUACAUUAUCCAGUUUACCGCCAAAUGCGAUGUCGUGAUAGAGUUAUGUAUUAAUAGUUGAACAGUACAAUACAUAAUGGAGCUGUCAACUGGACUAAGCAUAUACUAAUUAGGCAAUUACCAAGUAAUCAUUGUUUAUCAUGUAUUAUAGAUGUUAAUGUCUUGUCAUUUUUGAUAAUUUGACGAAAUGUUUAUAAAGUGUAUGCCUAAUUAUGUUGUUGGUGAUCGUGUAGAGCACCAAAAUGUGAUAUGAGACUGAGUUUGAAGUUGGUCUUGAUGAUUUGUUUGGU